GUUUUGAUUCCCCAAAAAUUCACACAAACACACAUCAGCCGUCAUUGUUUUGCCUAAUCGGCUUACAAUUAAAACAAAACUAACUUUGUUUCAAUUUGUAAAUUUGUAAAACAUUUGCAGCAACUCCAAAUUCUCGCCAAAUGAAUAAUGAAGAAACUGAAAAAACUGAUACCAAAGAAGAUCCAUUGGAGGAGGAACGUAAUGGCAUGGUAAGAGAGGUAGGCAAUCAAGCAGUCUGGAGUUUAUCAUCAUGCAAACCCGGCUUUGGUGUGGAACGUUUACGUGACAACAUUAUGGAUACGUAUUGGCAAUCGGAUGGCCAAUUGCCACAUUUGGUGAAUAUUCAAUUUCAUCGGAAGACGAACAUUAGUCAGAUAUACAUUUAUACCGACUAUAAGCUGGAUGAAAGUUACACACCGUCACGUAUCUCCAUAAGGGCCGGAUCACAUUUUAAUGAUUUGCAGGAGUUGCAAUUGGUUGAUUUGUAUGAACCCACUGGUUGGGUUACCAUUCCCAUCAAGGAUGGCACGGUGAAAUGUAUACGCACCUUUAUGCUUCAAAUUGCUGUCAUAUCCAAUCAUCAAAAUGGCCGUGAUACUCAUAUGCGCCAAAUCCGCAUACAUGCGCCCGUAGAGGAUCGCCACUACCCAUUGGAAUUGUUUGGGAAAUUCAGUACUGUUAAUUUUCAAAAAUUCGCCACAUUACGUUAGUUGUUUUUAUAAAAAGUAUUUUAUUUAAGAAAAUUUGUCAAAUAA